AUGUCGCAGGUUCAGACACUUGCCCUCGAAACUCAACGGCCAGUAGUCGUCUGCCAGAGUGAAGAGGAUACAACUAUCUCACCGCCACUAGAGCUUCACCAGAAUCAGGAAACAACAGAUACCUCUAUUGAACAUACACAAGGACCGAGUCCCUCACAGCAUGUCUUUGAGGCAGCAACGGUGGUUCCAGUCAACCAGGCUCGUAAAUUUUCCAUUAUCACAUUGCUUGUCAUGGCAAAUGUUGUUCAGAUGACCGUAAACUUUGCUGGAAUCGCCGGCGGAAGUACUAUCAUUAAUGCGAUGGGCGCAAAAGCGGCCUAUGGCUCAUGGAUAGCCGCCAGCUACGCACUGACUCAGGGGACAUUUGUUCUCCCGAGCGGUCGACUGGGCGACGUCUACGGUUACAGAUUGCUGGUGCUGGUCGGCGGCGCAUGGCUUUCAGCCUGCACGCUGGCUUGUGGCUUCUGUACUAACAUCUUUGCCUUUCUCACCCUGAGAGCAUUGUCAGGCCUAGGCGGAGCCUUUAUUAUGCCGAAUGCAGUAGCGAUGAUUUCCAGUACCAUUCCUCCAGGCCGAGUACGCAAUCUCAGUUUGGGCAUUUUCGGGGCCUCGGCGCCUAUAGGAGGAUAUCUCGGGGCGCUGUUCGUUGGUGCUUUCCUGGAGAAGACAGAAUAUAAGUGGUUUUUUGUUUUUAUAGCUGGCAUGGGUAUCGCUGUCAUUCUUGCUCUUGGAAUUUUGAGUCCGUCGGAGAAGCCCGUCGACCGAGGUGGAAAGAUUGAUUAUAUUGGAUCAGCACUAGGGACGGGUUCAUUGAUCAUCUUCAACUUCGUUUGGAAUCAAGCGCCCAGCGUUGGCUGGUCGACCCCUUAUGUGAUCGCUCUCCUAUUUUUGUCUCUAGCCCUGUUUGGAGCUUUUAUCAUCUGGGAAAAGAAGUUUACAUCUUUUCCAAUGCUGCCUCUCGACAUAUUUAAGGCUCCGUCACUUGCUAUUCUCCUCAUAGUCGUCCUUUUUAAUUACAUGGCCGUGGGCACUUUGAUUUGGUACCAAAAUCUUUGGUUGCAAACCGUCUGGCACUGGUCUCCUUUGAAAUUUGCUGUUGGCUGGACCCCAUUCGUUAUCUGCGCUGUAGGUGCUACCUAUCUUGCAGCCUGGAUGAUCCCUCGUGUUGCAGCACAAUGGAUUCUUGCAAUCGGUACGGUUACGAUACUGGUGUCGAAUGCGCUCAUGUCAACCGUGCCGCUACACCAAUCUUACUGGCCUCAGGUUUUUCCAUCCGUGGUGCUCUUCUCGUUCUGUCCGGAUCUGGUAUACACAGCCGGACAGAUCAUUGCCAGCAACUCUGUUCGCCGAAACCAGCAGGGUAUCGCCGGCUCGAUUAUUGGGACGCUCAAUCUAUAUGGAAACAGUUUGGGGUUGGGAUUUGCCUCUACGAUUGAGGUUCAGAUUGCGCAGCGGUCUGGCAGCAAGGUUAUGGGUUAUAGGGCGGCACUUUAUUUUGGUGUUGCGAUCAGUGCAGUCGCUCUCGUGCUGGACAUACUUUUUGUUAGAAGGGUAAAAGAUGAUCAUGAGGGCUGGCGCGAGGAGGACCGCGAGCUGACAGAACUUUUUGAGUUGACACAACAUGCUGAAAGUACUGGUGUUCAUCUGCGCAAUGCAGUUGACUCAACCCUACACAAUAGCGUUUGA